AUGAAUGGCUUCACGGCGCAAACUAUUCACUUCGCCACAAUGAAGUUCGAUCUCGCCAUCGCUCUCGUCUCCGUCCUCAGCGUCGCUGAAGCUGCCACGCCCAAGAUCGUGGUCAGUUUGAGCAGCAUGGGAAUCGGCUCUUCCACUUACUAUGACACUGGAGGCAAGGCUCACGGUCUUGGUGGCUGGACCGACGGGUGCAAGGGUACCAGUUACGACUGGAUUUCGCAGGUUUGCAUCGAUCUGCCCAGGAAGAGGGCACACAUCAAGUACCCGACCGGCAUAAAACGCUGCUUCAGAACGUCCAGCACGAAGACUACCCCUUGCGGUAGCAAUAAUGUCGUUUGCACCAAGACUACAAUGACUGAGUCUGGAUGUAACUGGAGGUGA